AAUCGUUUUCCAGGCCAGUCAGACCAAUCAGUUUCGCUCAACCUAUUCCAGCGCUACAACAGGCGUAAGCUCCACAAGAAAGAAAAUAAGAUUGUUUUUUCUUCGGAUAUUACAUUCCGUGGUUGAUUAAUAUUUUUGACCUCUGCCUCGUCGUCAAUAACGUCAUCGGAAGGAAAACCAUGGGAAAUAAAUCUUCGCUGCUGCUGCGGGAGGAGGAAAUCGCACAAAUCCAUGAGGAAACUGGAUUUACCCCAAAUCAAAUCGAGCGUUUGUAUUCCCGUUUCACGUCGUUGGAUCGCAGCGAUUGCGGCACCCUGUCCCGGGAGGACUUCCUGCGCAUUCCGGAGCUAGCAAUUAACCCACUCUGCGAGCGUAUCGUGCAUUCAUUCUUCGCCGACAGCAACGAUGAUCGGGUCAAUUUUCGCCAGUUCACUAGGGUACUGGCCCAUUUCCGACCGAUUAAACCAAACAAGGAAAAUCGGUUGAACAAUCGAGAGGAGAAGCUCCGUUUUGCGUUUAAAAUGUAUGACCUCGAUGAUGAUGAAACCAUUUCCCGUGAUGAGCUGUUGAGCAUUCUGCAAAUGAUGGUCGGUGCCAACAUAAGCCAGGACCAGCUGAACAGCAUCGCCGAGCGGACGAUUGUGGAGGCCGAUUCGGCGGGUCAAGGAAAGAUCACGUUCGACGACUUUUGCCGUGCCUUAGAGCGCACCGAGGUCGAGCAGAAGAUGUCGAUUCGGUUCCUUAACUGAAGCCGGCGCUCGUGGUGUGAUUGGUUUGCCAAUUUAGGGCAAUCGUAGAGGAAAUGUGCAUUUGUUUCGUUUCAGAAGUUUUCAUUUCAUUGAAACUGAUGCACACGACGAGCGGCAAAUAAAGACGAAUUUAACGACGCAUGGGGAAGAUUCUUCGUUUUCCAAAGAACAGGAUUACUUUAAACGUUUGUUUCUGAAUGGUGUAAAUAGAGGGAUAAAUAAAUACUAGUAUUCAAUAAAGCGUUUCUUAACAGUAACUUACUAA